AUGGAUAGCAUGAGUGAGGCAUUUGAUCAAAUGCAAAUGGUCAAGGAUGUUCUAGCCAACAGUGAUAAAGUUUCAGAGGUCCUACAAGAGUCUACUCAUCAGUUCAACCUGCUUACUUCACCCACCUUCCUACCAAAGGUCAAGGAUCAAGGGAAAUUCACUCUCCCUUGCACACUUGGGCAUCUUGAGAUUGACAAUGCCUUAGUGGAUUCUGGAGCAAGCAUCAAUCUGAUCUCUCUCUCCAUGGCAGAGAAGCUAGGCAUUGCUGGAGCCUUGCAGCGCCCUACUACUUCAAUCAUGUUUGGAGAUGCAACUUCUAAGUCUCCUCUUGGAGUGUUCAAGAACUAUCACUUGAAAAUUGGAGAAUGCAUCAUCCAAACUGAUCUCACUGUGAUGGAAAUGGAAGAAGAGAAGGAUUUGCCUCUGUUAUUGGGAACCCCUUUCCUUAGUACAGUUGGCGCUUCAAUAGACUUUCACAAGCAAGAAGUGAUCCUUCACAAGGUGAAUAGUUUGGUGUCAUAUCGCUUGCAGCCUAGAGGUUCAGACUUUUGUGCCACAAUUGACAGUACCAAUCUCAGUUCUAAGAGUCAUGGAGCUACAAAGGUUGUGAAGGAAAGGGUUGACAAGGAACCAAGAGUUGGGAAGGAUAAGGAUGAGAGAGGACCAAGGAUUGAGAAGCCACGUCUUGAGAGGGCUAGAGUUGAGAAACCACGAUCUGAUAGGCCAAGAGCUGAGCGACUUGUUCAAGCCCCUUGUGUGCUUGAUGAAGAGAGCCUUCAAGCUUUGUUUGAUGAGCCACUAGGAAGGGCUCUAAAAGAAGGGGAGGAUGCAGCCUCUAAGGCAAGACCAGGAGAUAAAAGAAAGGAUCCACCAGCUCAGGCCCCUUCAGUCAAGCCAUCUCAGCUCACAAUGACUUUGUUCCCCACCAAGUUUGAAAAUGGGAAGAUUGAGUACAAGAUAAGGUACAAGGGGAGAUCAAGGCCAUUCUCUAGAGCCAAGGCCUUGGUGACUUCAGAACAGUCCAGGGACCCAACCAAGCUAAAGGAGCUUCUGUCUCAAGUCCUCACUAUCACCCUUGAUGGUGUCAAGGAGCCAGCUCGACCCAGCUCGAUCGAGCUAGAAACCAGGGCAACUCGAUCGAGUUCAACUCGACCAAGGGACCAAUCUAAGAUGUUGAGAGGUGAAGGAAGCAAGCAGCGUUCACAAGGAGGAGAUGAUAAGAGGAGCAAGGAGGAUACUCAAAACACAAACCAAGGAGGACAUAGAAGAGGUUGA